CGUUUUGGUACAGACGUCUUACAAAGUUUACACGUCGGCCAUUAGCUGUACGUUGAAAAGAAAGUGAACUUGGUAAACUUCACCUGGAUACUUUAUGUAUAUGAAUCGAGGAUAAAGCUCAAAGACAAUCACCUGUCAAGCAAACCAUGUGUUUCUGGAUUCAAGACAUCGCAGGAUUUUAACUCAACUUGACAGUCAUGUUGAAAAAAGGAGCGAUGCAGAAGAACAAGCAGUGGAAUGUGAACGGAGCCAUGCGCCUGGCGGCCGCGUUUCACUUUCUCCAUUCCUGCGGCUCUGGAUGUCUCCUUCCCUUCCUCACCCUCUACUUCCGACACCUGGGACUCACCCCGACCAUGACCGGACUCAUCAUGGCGUCCAAGCACCUGCUCGCCCUGGUGUGGCGACCCAUCUCCAGUGUCCUCGCCAGGCAAUACGACAAGCGGCGGAUGGUCAUAGUGGGAUCUUUAGUCAGUUCAGCAUAGGUGGUGUUAAUUCUGUUGCUCUUCCCAUCUGCAGGACUCAAAGGAGAAAGUGGGCGAUGUAAUGCAAGUCAGCCAAGUGCCAGCCCUACACAAGAUAGAGUUCAAUUCACUACGCUGCAAAUUUCACCCCAGUUCAAUGCGACGGUCUAUUCAGUAGACCGUACAGCUGAUAUGACAGAACAGCCUCGUGAAGAUAGCUCUGAAUAUACUCCAACGCCUGCAAGACCCAACACCACAAGGUCAGUGAGAGGAGUUAGAUCGCUGAAGAGGUCUUCACACAAACAUGAAGAAAAUCCUCGAGCUGAGUUUCUGGGAAGCCUUAAAGUUAUGGAUGUACAACAUCAGAUGUUUUUUCUGGUUCUCAUAGUGAUGGGAUUCUGGGAGUUCGCAGCCGCUCCGUUAGAAUGGACCGCCGAUGAUGGACUUUAUGAAUAUUUGGAUUUCGUUGACGCUACUGACCGCCACAGAGGCGUUAAGGUUUGGAAACAUCUUGGGGCUGCAGUUGGCAGUGCUGGUGUUGGUAUUCUUGUAACUAGUUUAUAUUGUCUCACUGGUACUACGGCAGAGUUUUUUUCAUAUGCUGUACUCAUGUUUCUUACUGUACCUGCAGCUGCCCUUCUGCCACUUUAUCUGCGCAAGCGUGAGCGCCCCACUAGAGGUGGCUUUAAAGCACUGCAAGUGAUUCAUGGAAACUCUCAAGCGCUACUUUGAGCUGUCACCGUCGUCCUCACUGGCAUGACAAGCUCAGCCGUGUCAGACUUCCUCCUGUGGCAAAUGCAGGACCAUGAUGCCAUGGAGUUCCACAUGGGCGUCUCUUUGGCCCUCGCAAACGUAACUCAGGUCGGCUUUACUCCACUAGCAGGGCAUCUCGCACGGUUUCUGAAGUACCACGGGUGGGUACUAGUUCUGGCUGUCUUGAGUCUUUCCCUACAGUGUCUUUAUUAUUCUUUCCUGUGGGGCCCGUGGGCGGUAAUCCCCGUUCAGAUACUCGCUGGCUUCGGCACCGGCGCACUGUGGUGGUCUGUAGCGUCUCAAUGUGAAGACGUUGCCACUCCUGGCACAGAAAAGACAGUCUUAAGGCUGUUUGAGGCCCUGUCACUGGAGCUGGGGGCGGGGCUUGGCAGUCUGACAUCGGGGUUUGUUGUGCAAAAGUUCGGGGUCAAAGUACUCUUUCAAGGUACGGCUGUAAUUCUGGCUUUGUGGAGCGUGGUGGUUCUCACUCUGCUGAAGUGGAAGAUUCCACGGCAGCGCAGGAUAAACUACUCACGACUGCUGGCCGACACGAGCGAGAUGAGCGAAUCCGAGUCGGACCAGGAGAAAGAUUGGCUGGAGACGGCAUUGGAAGGCUCAAGACAGAAUAACAAAUGGACGAUGGACAAGCCUUAAACAACAGACGAGUGUUUGGCUUAGUGUCUCAGGAGUACAUUGGAUGUUUACAGAGUGCGGAUUAAAAAAGAAAAUAAGAGAAAAGACUCCACCGUGUUUUAAUGUAAUGUUGUCGAGGCUGCUCCAGGGGGCGUAUUAUUGUUCUCUCAUAACAUCCAUCAGAGAUGGAGUUAUACCUGUGCAAUUUAAUUUGUGCCUACAGGAAUGCCGAUUGGAUUACUCCAAACUCAUCCAAACUAAAUGACAUCAUACCUGACCAAAUCUCUAUCUCAGAUCAUGUUAUGUUGUGAGAGGAGCAUGUAUCACUCCAAUACAAGUAUACUUGAAAAUCCCAAAAUCUGGAUGAUUUUUUUUGUGUGAAGGCAUGUUUCACAGGACAGCUGUCUCGUUAAACAGUUGGUGACUAAGAAUGAAGUAAUCUGGUGGGUUUGCUAACAGUCAGCAUGUUCUUAUUGUCAAAAAAACGAUCACAUGAGCAAAUAUUGGCUACUUUUUCUUAUAUUUUAAGCUGUAGAGAUAAACCAUUUCUCUGUAACAGGAUCACUUAUGUUUUUACCAAAGAAAAGCUACGUGAUCCCCAAUUUAACCUCAGUUGCCUUUGAGGUUUUUGUAUUUUUUUUGCAAGACUGCAUUAGAACAGGGAAGUUCUUUAUUAAAAUAACAAAUAAUCAUAUUACUCAUAAAAGUUGAAGGCAUUGGAAACAGGUUCUCUGCUUUAUUAGACGUUAAGUUUUUCUACGUGGAAAAAGAUAUUGCAAACUUAUUUUGGGGUACGUUUAACUGUCUUUGUGACCACAACAAAGUUUGCGAGUUGACAAUAAUAAAAAAAAGAGAUACAUGAUUUGGGAAAUACAUGUGUAUUAUUACAAAAUGUUGAUUACGUUUGAUACGUUAAAAUCAAGAACAUAUGUCGAAUGAUUUUUGAAGUCGUGGGUCUAGAUAGUCUUCCACUGAAGUUUUGCCACCAGAAAUGCAUUAAUUAUUUAUGGAAUGUUUUUUUUUUAAUAAAUACUUUU